AUGAUUAAAGAUCCAGACCAGCCACCAUUUCCAAUUUUCAACGAAGUUAAAUUAAACUGUUCAACCAAGUUUAAUUUAAUCAAAGCUCCAUUUGAUUUUAUAGAAAAGCCUUUUAGACAUGUAGUUUUGGGUGGUGCUUUUGAUAAAUUACAUAAUGGUCAUAAACUAUUACUUUCCGAGGCUGUUUAUCGUUCAAGAAAGAUUACUUGUGGAGUUACUGAUGGAGACAUGAUUAAAAAAAAAGUCUUGUACGAAUUAAUGGAACCAAUUCAAACACGCUGUGCCAAUGUAGAAAAUUUUGUAAAGGACAUAUCAGAAAAUGUAAAUUGCAUUACUGUUCCAAUUUAUGAUGCUUUUGGACCGUCAAUUGAAGAUAAUGGAUAUGAUGCUAUUGUUGUUAGUGAUGAAACUUUGAAAGGGGGAGAAGCUGUUAAUGAUAAAAGAAAGGAGAAAGGUUUGAGGCCACUAAAAAUUCAUCCAAUUAAAUUGCUUGGAAAUGAACAAUUAAAUGACAAAAUUUUACAUGAAAUUAAAUUAAGUUCAAGCGCAAAAAGAAGGGAAAUGUUGGGAAGUAUUUUGAGGGAACCUAAAGAUUUUCCAGACGAAAUCAUUUCGAAUAAACACUAUUUAAUUGGAUUGACUGGAGGUAUAGCUUCUGGAAAAACACACAUUGCUAAAUAUUUGGCUUCUCAAGGAUGCGAGGUAAUUGAAUGUGACCAAUUAGUUCAUAAAAUAUAUUCUGAAAGCGAAGAAUUACGAAAUAAACUUGCAGAAGAAUUUGGACUUGAUAUUUUGGUUAAUGGAAAUAUUGACAGAAAAAAGCUUGGAGAAUUGGUUUUUGAAGAUAAGCAAAAAUUACAACGUUUAAACAACAUUGUUUGGCCAAUAACUUUUGAACGUGUAAAAGAAAUCAUUAAAAAAUCUGAGAGAGAAAUUGUUGUAAUUGAUGCAGCUUUGCUUUUGGAGGCUGGAUGGGGGAAAUAUUUAAAUCAAGUUUGGUGUACUUUUGUGCCUAAAAAUGAAGCUAUUGAACGAAUUGUGGCGAGGGAUAAUGUUUCGAAGGAAAAUGUAAAAUUUUUUAGAAAUAGUGGGGAAUCUCUCUAUGGUGACGCUUCCGAAAAAUUUUUAUUUAUCCGCAAAAAAUUUGCGGACAAUCCGCAAAAUUCAGCUUUGAAUGGGGAAACCUCUACAUAA